AUGCCACGACCUAAGAAAUGGACCGAUAUAUCAAUAGAAUUGAUCAAGGAUCCAGACAAUUUCGAACUAUGGCAACAACUAAUCACAUCGGCAGAAUACAAUGAUAAAAAUGGAAUAUCUAAAUCAACACCACAAUCACAAUUAGAAAUACUACGAACGUCGUAUGAUAAAUUUUUGACCAAGUAUCCAUUCAUGUACAAGUACUGGAUACGAUAUGCUGAAUGGGAAUUCAAAUUGACUGAUGUUGAUGCAGCUGUGAAGAUCUAUGAAGAUGCUUUCCAACAUUUGGGAUCUUGUAUUGAAUUAUGGGUCAAUUAUUUACAAUUUCGAAUAAAUACAAUUACCAAUAAUGUUUAUCAAGUGUUGGGACUAUUUGAAAAAGCAAGAAAGUUGAUUGGUUGCCAUUUUUAUAGUUAUGAGUUUUAUACUCUAUAUUUAUCAUUUCUUGAAAGUUAUGCUACUGAAGAGAAUCAAUUCAAGAGGAAAUGUUAUACUUUGAUCAGAAUUAUUCUUGAAGUGCCCUUGUACCAUUAUGAAUAUUUUUACAAGAAAUAUUUCGAAUUGAUUGGUCGUAUGGGCAAUGAUGUCAAGCAUCAACCGGAUUUACAAUAUCUUGUUCCAGCAAAUGAAUUACAACGAAAUGCUAAGAAUUUACCACAACAAUUGAAAAAAACAUUCACUGAUGCUUACAUUACCAUUCAAUACAAAGUAUAUGAACUAUAUCAUUUUGAAAAACGGUUCAAACGGCAAUACAACGAUGUCAAACUCCUAUCUAGACAAGAAUUGGAUUCAUGGAUACAAUACUUUGAUUUCCUACAAUUGAAAAAAUAUCCUCAACUGUAUAUUGAGUUAAACUAUUGGCGUUAUAUAUAUAUCGCUGCAAAUUAUCGUGAAUCAUGGGUCAAAUUUGCUGAUUAUUUCAUAUUUUAUGGAAAAUUCAAUCUGGCUAGACGUGUUUUGAUUCGAGGUUGGAAAUAUCUUGGUGAUGUUCAAAUAUUGAUUAAAUUGAUUGAUUUGGAAAUUUUCUUGAAGCAAUUUCAUCGAGCUAAAAAUUUGAUUAUUGAGUAUUUGAAAUACAAUGUGUCCAUCCCUAUUCCAAUUUACGAGAAGUUGAUUAGUAUUGAACGGAUAUUCAAUGAUGAUGAUGAUCAUGUGCUCAAUUUAUUUAAACUGAUUAUUCAAGAUACUCAAAUUGAUUGGUUUUUCAAUGUAUUGACUUAUUAUACCAUCGAUAAGGAGAAAAAGUUGGCAUUUCUUGAAGAGAUGAAGGAAUUUAAAGGACAAAAGUAUUAUGAUAACACAAUGAAUUUAGUCCUGGAGAGAAACGGAGAGGAGAAACAAUCUACUCCCGAUUUUAAUCAAAUAUAUGAGGAGCUACUACAAUCAACAUAA